GCCGCGUGAUUCGGCGUCGCUGGGGGACAUGAGCGCACAUCCCGAGCAGCUCCUUUACUCUUUUUAAUCAUUUCCACGCUUCCUUCGGACUCUCUCUUUUUUUUUUUGUUGUUCCCCCCUUUCUCUCCACCUAAAACGUUUAGUUUCAGCUCAGCGAUCAACCGAGACAGCGCGACAGGCAGCGGAAGAAGAGCCGAAUAAUUUCAACCUGCUACUCGGCCAAAAAAGCCACUGACUCAAAAGACAAGGAGGAGAGGAAAAAAAAAAAAACUUUAUUGUUCUAUUUUUUUCCCCAAUUUUUCUCCCUGCUACUCUCGCACCGCAGCAUGGAAUUUGAGCAAAAGCAUCAACCAGGGAGGAGCGGAAGGUCAGGACACGGCGGGGUCAACCAGCUGGGGGGUGUGUUUGUGAACGGGCGCCCCCUGCCAGAUGUGGUGCGCCAGCGCAUCGUGGAGUUGGCGCACCAGGGCGUGCGGCCCUGCGACAUCUCCCGGCAGCUGCGCGUCAGCCACGGCUGCGUCAGCAAGAUCCUGGGCAGGUACUAUGAGACCGGCAGCAUCAAGCCCGGCGUCAUCGGCGGAUCCAAACCAAAGGUUGCUACACCCAAAGUUGUCGACAAAAUCGCAGAGUACAAACGCCAAAAUCCCACCAUGUUUGCCUGGGAGAUCAGGGACCGACUGCUGGCGGAGCGCGUGUGUGACAAUGACACGGUCCCCAGUGUGAGCUCCAUCAACAGAAUCAUCCGGACUAAAGUGCAGCAGCCCCCCGGCCAGCCAGGCUCCGUGUCGUCCCACAGCCUCGCCUCCACGGUGACCGUGACUCAAGUGUCCGCGGUGACCAGCGACUCUGCCGGCUCCUCCUACUCCAUCAGUGGCAUUCUGGGAAUCAGCUCCGCUGCAGACACCAGCAAGCGCAAGAGGGAGGAAGCCCUGCAGGACUCUCCUCUGUCGAACGGCCACUCGCACCCGGGGCGGGACUUCCUGAGGAAGCAGAUGAGAGGGGACCUGUUCUCUCCACAGCAGUUAGAGGUACUGGACCGAAUGUUUGAGAGGCAGCACUUCCCUGACCUCUAUCCCACCACAGAGCCCAGCAAGCCCCACCAGACCACAGACUACUCUGCCAUGGCAUCGUUGGCAGGGGGGCUAGAGGAGAUGAAGAGCAGCCUUGCCAACCCAGGGGCAGCAGAGCUGGGUGCCAGUGUCCCGGGACCGCAAUCAUAUCAGCUGGUGGCAGGCCGGGAUUUAGCUAGCACCACACUGCCGGGAUACCCUCCUCACGUGCCCCCUGCUGGACAGGGCAGCUACUCCACCCCAGCACUGACUGGCAUGGUACCUGGCGGUGACUUCUCGGGGAGCCCGUACUCCCAUGCGCAGUAUUCCACGUACAACGAGUCCUGGAGAUUCACCAACCCCAGCUUGUUAGUGUUCCAGCAGGACUAUGGUUCGCGCCUGGGCACCGAGAUUGGAUGCACCUCGGGGCUGUUUGCCGGCCAGUCGGGCCAGAUGCAAGGUUCUCCAUACUACUACAGUGCAGCAGCUCGAGGGGCGGGGCCUGCCGCCACCACCACUGCCUACGACCGCCACUGACCUGCCCUGAGAGGACAGCAGGGAGGCGAGGAGACCGCACCAGCGCCGCCCCAGGAUCAGUCAGCCUGAGGAGAAAGAAGAGGAGGAGGAGGAGGAGGAGGAGGACGGGGAGAGGGAGGAGCUUGCUCUCCGAUUUCAACAAGACGCUUUUCUGCACCGACAUGAUCAGCCGCACCAUGAAGCACAGAGACUGGCAUCAGCAGCCUGCCCCUGCCUCCCCCACACCCCAGUCCAGCCUUUUCCCCUUUUUUGAGUCCAAAAAAAAAAAAAUCCAUGGCCUUAUGGUCACUGUCCUGCCAGAGGUGGCAAACAGUUGAGAUGCACUGCGUUGACUGACAGACGCUGAAAGCGAGAGGUGGACAUGGGACUGGACAAAGAGACCAACCCCUGACAAAAUUCACAUACUUCUUCUUUUUUUUGUUGACUAUGGGAAGCCGCUCAAAGCCUAUGGAACAACCAUACGAGAAAUGGCGUGUAUCGGCGCGUAAACGUCACGAUUUUGCACUGCCCUGGCCUCAUUCAAAAAGACAAACAAGGGUCUGUCAGAACUCGGUAGGCAUGUCUGUUUUGCUUUCACUCAGAUUUACGAAAAAAGGCCUAAACAUCACCUGUUACGAAGCAGGAGCAAAAUGCAAUGACCAUUUGUGUUUUGUCAACUCAGCCCAAACUCCCAACACAUCAUAUUAACAUAAGAGAAGCUGUAAAAAUCCAAUAGCUGUAAAAAUUUCACUCUAAAUCCCCAAUGGACACUACACCAGGUAUACCAUACCAUACCAUACAUCCAAUUACAGUAUUUGCUCCUUGAAAAUAUCGAGCAAGUGCUGGCUCCGCGAUCGCGGACUGGUGGUCGUGUUUUGAGUGUAACAUGAAAGGUCAAUACCAAUCGUCAGCGUUCUUCGACUUGCGGUGCCGGAGAGGUAGAAUCGCGCGAUUGUCCAAAUGGGAUAGGAUCUAGGAUCUCUGGACUGGAAAGAAGCAGAGAGUCCAGUAACUUUAGAGUACCGUCACAGUGCCGAUUCGGUGUUUUGUGACCCAGUCCACCUGGCGUCAUCGGGUUCUUCUCCCAGCGGAUUCUUUCUAUUCUAUUUAGCUAUAUUGCUGCCCCAGCACUUCUGGCAGAUCUUUCUCUUAGCUCGGCUUAAGGUGCCGCUUUUUCAAGGCGCUGUAAAUGUAGCUUCUAGGGAGGUGGCGGAUAAGAGUGUGUGACCCCUUUGUGUUCCUUGCUGCCCCAGCGUUAGUGGAGGAUGGAGCAGACAAAGAGACCAUUUCCCACCUCCACCCCUGGGAAUGAGUCCUUCCGUUUAUCUGUCUUUAAUGAGUAUAUAU